AUGGGUCCCAAACGAGUUCUCAUCACCUAUGGAGUCGACGUUGAUGCUGUCGCUGGAUGGCUCGGCUCAUAUGGCGGCGAAGAUUCGACCAACGACAUUAGUCGGGGGGUCUGGGCCGGCACCAUUGGAACUAGACGUCUACUGAAACUCUUCAACAAGUACGACAUCAAGACAACAUGGUUCAUCCCCGGCCACUCGUUGGAGACCUUUCCCGAGGAAAUGGCAGCAGUCCGAGAUGCAGGACACGAGAUCGGACUACACGGGUACUCACAUGAGAACCCAACAGACAUGAGCAUUGAGCAGCAACGCGAUGUGCUUGAUAAAACAUAUCGUAUGCUCACUGAGUUUGCGGGGAAGCCCCCACGAGGAAGCGUGGCACCAUGGUGGGAAACCAGUAAAGAGGGUGCACAGCUGCUUCUUGACUAUGGCAUUGAGUAUGACCACAGUAUGAGUCACGAAGAUUGCCAGGCAUAUUAUCUACGAACGGGCGAUACUUGGACCAAUAUCGACUAUAAGAAAAAGGCCGAGACAUGGAUGAAGCCGCUCGAGCACGGUCCCCAGACUGGGCUCGUAGAAAUUCCUUCGAAUUGGUACAUCGACGACCUACCACCGAUGAUGUUCAUCAAGUCCGCGCCGAACAGUCACGGCUUUGUCAACCCGCGAGAUGUCGAAGAUAUCUGGCGCGAUCAUUUCGACUAUUUCUAUCGCGAGUAUGAUGAGUUCAUCUUCCCGAUCACAAUUCACCCGGAUGUCUCCGGUCGGCCACAUGUGCUUUUGAUGCAUGAGAGGCUCAUUGAACAUUUCAAGAAGCACGACGGUGUAGAGUUUGUCACAAUGGAGCAGGUAUGUGAUGAGUUUAAGCAGAAGAAUGCUCCCCCUCCAGGAGCUUUGAUGCCGGCUCCAGCGGGAGAAAUGUUGAAAAAGUGA